AUGUCGUUCGUGGAGAGCGGGAGCCUCUUGGCUCCGCGGCACCGCCGUCGUGGUACUCCAGCCCCGCUUUCUCGGCCGGGGUAUUCUUCCAUCUCGAAAGGGCACGGCUGGGUUGAGGGCGAAGUCGACGGGGAAGACGAGUGCGACCAAGUGGCCCGAGACCUUCGAGCGGAAUUCUCGGCCGGGGCGUUUUCGGAGCCCAGAAAGGGCUCGUUGCUCCGGCCGAACGGGGACGGGUCGCCGGUCCUGCCCGAGAAGCGUAAUGGCAUCUUUGUGGCCACUGCGAGCAGUCGAGCUCCGGCUCGGCGGUGGCCAGUCCAGGUCCUCUCUGUCUUCUGCUCGCUGCUUUUCGCCGCCCUCCUCGCCUUCCUUCUUGCCAUCGCCUACCUGAUCGUAAAAGAGUUGCAUGCUGAGAAUCUGAAGAAUGAAGAUGGUGUCAAUACUGGGAUAUUAGGUUUCUGGACUCUGCUUAUAAUAUCCUUAACGGCUGAAUUCUCCUGUUGCAGCUUUUCCUGGACAGUGACAUAUUUUGAUUCUUUUGAACCAGGAAUGUUUCCUCCUACUCCUCUUUCACCUGCGAGGUUCAAGCGACUGACUGGACAUUCUUUCCACAUGGGCUACAGCAUGGCAAUUUUGAAUGGCAUUGUAGCUGCUCUUACUGUAGCCUGGUGCCUCAUGUAA